UUUACAUACACGUCAAAAUAAGACUACCUGCACCAACAUGAGCAGACAGGAUUCUCUUGGUGAAGUGCCAUUAUUCCAUGAGGAUGAAAAUGCGUUUAGAGAGAAGAAAUCAAACAUCAAACAUCCUCUGGCCUGUUUCUUUCAUCUCUUCUUCCGCACAAGUGCAAUCCUGAUCUACCUCUUUUGUGAGUUUCUCAGCCGAAGUUUUAUUGCCAACAUGGUCACCAUCAUUUUACUUCUGUCAUGUGACUUCUGGACAGUAAAGAAUGUGACGGGACGACUGUUGGUGGGCUUGAGAUGGUGGAAUCAGGUUGAUGAAGACGGUCACAGUCAUUGGAUGUUUGAAUCCAGAUCAGGAACCAGUAAAAACGUGGUUUCAAUUUCUGAUUCACGGAUUUUCUGGAUUGGCCUAAUCGUGUGUCCAUUGUUUUGGGCUUUCUUUGUGUUUAGCUCACUAUUCUCCUUCAACAUAAAGUGGUUGGCGGUUGUGAUCAUGGGAGUUGUGCUGCAGUGGGCAAACCUAUAUGGAUAUGUGCGAUGCAAAGUUGGUGGUGCAACCAAACUGAAGAACAUGGCAACUAAUUACUUUGGCCUUAAGCUCUUCAAAAAGGUAGUAGACCAACCAGAGGGACCAUAAUUUGACUGUGGCUGACUUAAUUUUAUUGACUAGGGAGUUUUUCUACUUAAUUUGUCUGGUUGAGAUAUUUUUUUUCAAUCUAAUUAUUAUAAUUUUUCAUGGUGAAUUCUUCCCUCUUCAUGUUUCUAUUGACAGCUUUUCUUUUUUGCUAGCUUCGUCAAAGUUUGUGUUUCCUUAUCUGUUUAUUAUCUGUUAGAAAAAUUAUUUGUAUGACAUUGAAACGCAUUAAAAUAUACUGAGCUGAGGACUAUGUCUUAAUAUUGAUUACAAUUAUAAAACAUUGUAAAGUCUCCUUUAGUCUGUCGUGACAUGAUGCACACCGUGUUAUUCUUCAGUUUUUCUCCAGGUGUUGCUGUUGCUCCACGUAAAAUGCGCUGCUUUGGAAACUCCGCAGUUAAUUUACCUUUAAACAUUACUUGAGAAUAUAUGUACUAAAAGUGCUAAAAGUGAAAAUAGCGGCAGUGCUUAAUGAAAUUUUGUCCACAGAAUAGCCAUAUUUGACACUAUCAACAUAGUAAUGCACUAUAACAUUUACAAUCAUUGAAUCUCUUUUAUUAUUAGAAUCAUUAUAAAUAAUUUUAUUUUAUGUUUAUAUUUGUAGUUUGGGGACAGAUUCUCACUAUUAACUCAAUAAACAUUCUCUCAUUCUCAACUCAUUUUCUGCUUAUUUAGUCAGUAAUAGUUAGUAAGGUAGCAUUUAAGUUUUGGGAUGGUGUAAGAUUAAGGGAUCCAAAAUAUGGUCAAGCAGAAUAAGGCAUUAAUAUGUGAUUUAUAAGUACUAAUAAACAGCCAAGUAAAUAAGCAACUAGUUAAUAAUGAGAAUUGGCCUCUAAACUAAAGUGUCACCCUAAAUUGUUUGUUAUCUGCUGAAUUUUUCUCUCAAAGCAAUCACCACACAAUCAUGAGUCAAACUUUAAAAAGCUUUAUGUCCAUAUUUGACUGUUUUUUGAGCUGUUAUGACAAUUACAUAAGCCUCACAGUAUUGUGCCUGGUCUAUUAUGAAGACUUCCAUGUUGUUUGCGUUGCAGUCAAGAAGUGGAGUUUGACCAAAUGUGUAACGACAUCUGUCCACAGUAAAAUAUGACAAAUCACAACUUUUGUUUGAUAGCUGCAAUAUAAAGUUCAGAAAUAGGUCAAAGUGUGCAGGAUGUUAUGAGAAUAUAUGAACAAACAGACAUCACGAGAAGCCACUUAAAAGUGGUUUUAUAGUAUGUUAUUGUGAAAAUACAGCUAAAACAAGCAUCUACUGUCUUGGUCUUGUCAUGUGCCACUGGCACUCUAGACAAUGUGAUUUCUACAUAUUCAUCUGUCAAAUCUAUAAAGAUGCGAUGCUAUUGGACAACAUUGCCAACUUAAUUUAACAUGAUAAUUCAGACAC